UCCCCCCCAGGUCAGGUGCAGGUUGCAGUGAUGGCUGCUUUGAUGCUGGGUACAACUAUUGAUGCUGGGUACCGCCACUUUGACUGUGCCUACGUGUACCAGAAUGAGAAGGAAAUUGGGGAGGGGAUCCAGCAGAAAAUCAAGGAAGGUGUUGUGAAGCGAGACGACCUCUUUAUUGUCAGUAAGCUGUGGUGCACGUUUCAUGACAAACCUCUGGUGAAGGGAGCCUGCCAGAAGACUCUUGAUGACCUGAAACUGGAUUACCUGGAUCUCUACCUCAUCCACUGGCCUCUUGGAUUGAAGGCAGGAGAGGAGCUGCUUCCUACAGAUGACAAAGGCAUGUCUAUACCGAGCAACACAGAUAUUCUACAGACAUGGGAGGCCAUGGAAGAGCUGGUGGAUGCUGGUCUGGUAAAAGCCAUUGGAAUCUCCAACUUUAACCGUGAGCAGAUUGAAAGAAUCUUGAACAAGCCAGGGCUGAAAUACAAGCCUGCAAAUAACCAGAUUGAAAGUCAUCCAUACCUUUCCCAGGAGAAACUUAUCAACUAUUGCCAAUCCAAAGGGAUCACUGUGACAGCAUACUGUCCCCUUGGACGCCCUGACAGGGAUAAGCCAGAGAUCAUUUCCAUUCUGGAUGACCCCAAGAUCAAAGAGAUUGCAGCCAAACACAACAAAACCCCAGCACAGGUUCUCCUUCGCUUCCAGAUCCAGAGAAAUGUGAUUGUGAUUCCCAAGUCUGUCACACCACAGCGCAUUGUGGAGAACUCCAAGGUGUUUGACUUUGAAUUGACUAAAGAGGAGAUGGCAACCCUUCUUAGCUUUAACAGGAACUGGAGGAUCUGUGAAAUGAACAUGUGCAAAAAUCACAAGGAGUACCCUUUCAAUGCAGAAUAUUGAAGACAGUUUUAUCCUGCCCU